AUGUCCAUGUUCCUGCGUCUGUCGCGGGUGAACGCUCGCCCGGCAGUCUCAGUAACCUUCACCACUGGGCGCCGAUUAAUCGGCUCGAUUGGAGCGAUGGUCACGCAGCGUGUACAAGAAUCAACCCUCGAUUUUGAUCGCCUGCGCCACGAAACCGAAAUCGUGGGCUACCCUAUUCUCCCCUUGGUCCGCCAGCUUUCAGCUAUCUGUGGCGACGAGGCUGGCAAGUAUGUACACUGGGGCGCGACGACACAGGAUAUCAUGGAUUUGGCAAGCAUUCUUCAAAUGAAAGAGGGACUAGACAUUGUCGAGAGAUUGCUCAAGGAUGUCAUCAAGACGCUGCGUCUGCUCUCGGAGAAACAUAAGGAUACACCCAUGGCUGGCCGCACGCACUUGCAGCACGCCUUGCCCGUAACCUUUGGAUACAAGUGCGCCGUAUGGCUGUCUGGGUUCCAGCGUCACCUGGAGAGAUUGACGCAGCUUCGUGAUCGGACUUUACUCGUGCAGUUUGGCGGGGCAGCGGGCUCGCUCGCCUCGCUGGGCUCCGGCGAUGAUGGCCUCCGGGUGCGAAAGGCGUUGGCUAAGGAACUGGGAUUAUCGAACCCUUCGAUUACAUGGCAUGUUGCUCGAGACGGUGUGGCUGAGAUUACCAACUUUCUUGCAUUGAUGGGAGGUUCUAUGGGGAAGUUGGCUUUGGAUAUCAUCAUCAUGUCGUCCAAUGAAUUGGGUGAGGUAUCUGAGCCUUUUGUGCCACACCGUGGUGCAUCAUCUACCAUGCCGCAGAAGCGUAACCCCAUCUCGAGUGAAGUCAUUCUGGCCGCAUCCAAGAUCUUGCGAUCGAAUGCGGGUCUGGUUCUUGAUGGAAUGGUUGCCGAUUUUGAACGUGCUUCGGGACCGUGGCAUCUCGAGUGGGUUGCUGUGCCAGAGAGCUUUGUCAUUGCCGUUGGGGCUUUGUCGCAGACUCACUUCGCGCUUUCGGGUCUAUCUGUCAAUAGCAAGCAGAUGCUAGAGAACCUGCACUCUACAAAGGGGCUGAUUGUGGCGGAGGCUGUGAUGAUGGGAAUGGCGCCGCAUGUGGGUCGUCAACGGGCUCAUGAUAUUGUCUACGAGGCCUGCCGGGAGAGUAUUGAGAAGGGAGGGUCGUUGUUAGAAUGUCUCUUGGAGAAGGAAGAGGUUACGUCGAAGAUGAGCAAGCAGCGACUCAGUGAACUUUGUGACCCAGUUAAUUACCUGGGCGCAUCGUCGAGAAUGGUGGAUGAUGUUUUAGCUCAUGAUUAG